GCGCACCUCAUCGACUGGGGACGGAAGUCUCACCCCAACUCUUGCCAACCUGGGGAUCCGCGGGCCGAAGGCUGCAGCUCGCCCCACGGGGCUGGCAGCCAACAUGAAGCGCGCAGGGACUCUGCGCUUACUUUCGGAUCUGAGCAACUUCAGCGGCGCCGCCCGGCUUCGUGAGUUGCUUGCAGGGGACCCCGCGGUCCGAGUGCGCUGCAGCCCGGACGGCCGCCACCUGCUGCUGUUGCGACCCCCGGGAGCCCCUGCGCCGCAGCUGCUGGUGGCUGUACGAGGAGCCGGUGCGGAGCUGGAGCGGGCCUGGCCCGUGGGCCAGGCCUCUCCACUGGACGCCUUCUUCCUGCCGGGACCCGCAGUCCCGGCGCUCGUCCUGGUGUGGGAGAGUGGCCUGGCCGAGGUGUGGGGUGCGGGUGUGGGGCCGGGCUGGCGGCUACUGCAGAGCACCGAGCUGUGUCCGGCCGGCGGAGCCCGCUUGGUGGCCGUGGCGGCGCCCCGUGGCCGCCUGGUAUGGUGUGAGCAGCAUCUGCCCGGCGCUGAGAACCAGCUGGGGCCGCCCAUGGCCGCUUUCAGCCACAGCGUGUGCGUCCGGACCCUAGAGCCCAGCGGCGAGGCCGGCACCCAUCUGGGCCGUGCCCGCGUCCUGCUGCGCCACUGUCCCUGCUUUGGGCUGUUAGCCUCCCGCAAGGACCUAUUCCUGGUGCCCACUGCCUCCACCUGGCCUGGCGUGGCCCACAUUCUGCUCAUCUGGAGCCCAGGGAAAGCCAAGGUGACAGUGACUGCCCCACAGCUCGGUGUAUCUCACUGUAAGAAUCUGAACCCGGGACGAGGGGACUCAUGGGACUUCCGGGCCCUACUUCGAGGCCUGCCUGGGUUGCUGGGCCCGCGGGAGCCGCUGGCCCUGCAUACAUGCGCGCCCACUGCGCAAGGCCUGCUAUUCCUGGACUGCAAAGGCACGGUGAGCCUCUUACAGUCCCACGGCGGUGUCCGGGUAGUGGGCACUCUGCAGGAGGGCCCUGGAGGCCUGGCCAGGGGCUCUGCAGCCCUGGGAACCUUUCAGGGAACCCUGGCCUGUGUGCUGGGCUCCACCUUGGAGCUGCUGGACCUGAGCAGUGGGCAGCUGCUGGAAAGGAAAGUCCUAAGUACGGACAGGGCGCAUUUGCUGGACCCCCCACUCCCUGGCAUGGAGGAUGAGGAGGAACUGGAGAGUCAGGGCUGUCUUCGCAUGCUUUCAGCCUUGGGUCUGUUUUGUGUGGGUUGGAAAGCCCCACAGGGCCUCGAAGUACCUUCCGCCAGAGACCUGGUGUUCGAGGAGGCUUGCGGGUACUAUCAGCGGCGGAGUCUGCGAGGUGCCCAGCUCACACCUGAGGAACUGAGACACAGCAGCACGUUCCGGGCACCUCAGGCCCUGGCCUCCAUCCUCCAGGGCCAUCUGCCCCCGUCCACACUGCUGGCCACACUGAGGACUGAGCUCCGUGACUACCGGGGCUUGGAGCAGCUCAAAGCCCAACUGGUGGCUGGGGACGAAGAGGAGGCUGGCUGGGCAGAGCUGGCCGACCAAGAGGUGACACGCCUGCUGAGGACAGAGCUGACAGGAGACCAGCUGGCCCAGCUCAACACCAUUUUCCAAGCACUGCCCACAGCAGCCUGGGGCACCAUCCUCAGGACCCUGCAGCUGCAGCUGGAUGGGAAUGGCAGGCUGCGGUCCCAGGCUCCUCCUGAUGUGUGGAAGAAAGUUCUAGAUGGUCCAGCAGCUGGAAAGGAACCCCCUAACGGAAUACUGCCCCCCUUUGAACUGCUGUGCCAAUGCCUCUGCCGAAUGGAACCCCGAUGGCUGCCACUGUUUGUGGAGCUGGCCCAGCAGCAGGGUGGGCCGGGCUGGGCAGCCGGAAGCCCGGGGCUGCCUUUGUAUCGCCGAGCCCUGGCUGUGCUGGGUGAGGAGGGGACCAGGCCAGAGGCACUGGAGCUAGAACUGCUGUUGGGCAGUGGGCGGCCUAAAGCUGUGCUCCAAGCCAUGGGGCAGCUGGUGCAGAAGGAGCAGUGGGAGCGGGCUCUGGAGGUUGGCCUGGCCCUUGGCCCCUCCAGCCCACUGCUUCGAAGUGAGAUCUUCAAACUGCUGCUGGCCCAGUUUGCCAAGCACCGCCAACUCGAUGCACACCUGCCCCUCCUCUGUCGCCUGUGUCCACCAGAACUGACUCCAACUGAGCUCCUGCUGUUGCUUCGGGCACACCUCCCAGAUGAUGUGGGACCUCCCACCCCGUUCCCUGAGCCAGGGGCAGAACCCCCUCUCACAGUGGGCCUGCUCCGAACCCUGCUGGAACAGACUGGGGCUCAAGGACGGCCUUCAGGCCCAGUUCUAAGCCUAUACGAGGACAUCCUAUGGGACGCAGGCACUCCUCCUCCCACCCCACCCCGGGGACCUAUGACCAUUCCCCAGGCAUCGGACCCUACAGGCCUGGAAACCUGGGUACCAUCGGGACAGAACCUCUGCAUGACUGACACAGGAAAUCAUUUCUAGGACUUGGGG